CCGGCUCCGGCGCGCCUGCCGGUCCCGCCUCCUUCCGGCUCACCGCCGCCCCAGCCUCCUACGGGCGCGGGGCCGUCGGCGCGAGGCCGCCGCCGCCCCCACCUCCUCCUGGCCCGCCGGCGACCCUGCCUCUUCCUGCCGUGGCGGCCGCCUCCUCCAGGCACGCCGCGCCCCUGCCUCCUUCCGACGCGAGGCCGCUGCCUCCUCCAGGCACGCCGGGGCCCCUGCCUCCUUCCGGCUCAAGGGCACUUCCGCCACGAGGUUGAAUUUCACCCUGCAUCCCCGACGUAGAGCUGCUCCGGCUCCUCCCCCGCUUGCUGCCAGGUCUGUCUCUCCUUCCUCCCCUGCUCGCCGUCCUGUGCGGCGGUGGACGUGGCUACUUGAUGGAGUGAAGCCGGCCUCCGAGCACCGGCAGUUGCACUGCACCCUGCAAAAAAAAGAACAGCCGCAAGUUCAUAAUCAGAAAAAUGAGGAGUUCAAGAAGAACAAAGAUGGGCUUCCUGUAGAUGUAUCAUUCUCCACCCGCUUGGAAGCUUCAAUAUUCUGAAUGGUCAUAACAAAACAAAAUACUAUCUUAGUGUGCUUUAUCAUGUUUCCGGUAAAAUAAAUUUUUUGACGUACAAAAGGGAAAUUCAUAGCAUAUUGAAAACAAACCAAACAUGAUCUUACUUGUAGAAAUGGAGUACGGUGUAUUAUCUUGCUGAAUUGCAACAUUUGGAACAUCAGUAAAUGUGUAUUGGUAGCUUUACUCGCCAUUUUACCAUGCAACUUCAACUUCUCCAGUUUCAGAUUUCAUUAGCUGCUCCUCACCAGUUUCAUUCAUCGGACACUUUCUCUUUCUAAUUGAAUAAUCAACAGUUUAUGAGGUUGCCAUAAAGGUCAAUUUUUUUGACUUUGCUAACUUCUAGUAGAUCAGUAGAAGCAGUGACCUUUGCUAGCAGAGCAAAAAAUGCUAGUUUAAACCUUCACAUUGCAAGAUGAGUAGUUGUUAUAAUUGGUGUCGGAGUAAAUGAUCACGGGUAGCCUCAUCAGCCUCCCCUGGUAUUUCAAGACAUCGGGGUCUGCUGCGCCCCUUAAGAAUCAAAGGCAGAAGUCCGCUUUCUCGGGUCCGCCUGGUCCAAACGGCCGUCUGCCAGGACGCGGCGAAUCCAGAAGACGGCCACGAAGUGGGCCGACUCCAGAGAGAUCGGCUCCUAGCAGGUGGCCCCUUGUGCCCUCGAAG